AUGGCGGAACUUGAAGCCAUGCCGGAUGUGGACCUGGUGGAGUCGCUGCGGCGGAUGCUGGAGAUGGCGGAGCAGCAGCGCAGAAGGAAUGCUGAGAUCUUUGCCCAGAAGCAGCGUGAGGAGCAAGAGAGAGCGGCCAAGAAGCGCGAGGCGGACGCCCAGGAGCGCAGCGAUAUGAUUUCGAACGAGCUAAAGCGACAAAACUUGACGCCGGAGCACUGCAUUGCCCUGCAUACGGGAGAGCGCAAGCACACGGUGACGAUCGGCGUCGCCCUGGCCGACCCGGACUCGCGCCUGGCGGACCUGGUGCUGGAGGCCGUGCGCGAGCGGGCGCCGUCGUCGCGCGCCUCUCGGUUGGCGCCCUGCGCUGAGCUGCACCUGCCCGACGCGCACCCGGAUGGAGCAUUUGAGUGGAUCCUGAGUUAUUUAUUUGCGUUGUCGCUGGGCGAGAAGGCGCCGCUGCCUCCGAGCAGCAUCGCGGAGCUCGUCAGGCUCCAGGCGAGGAAAUGGGGCCUCCAGGAGCUGCUUGAGGUCCUUGAUGCCACUCACGCGGGCAUCGUGCGCCGUCCGUCCGCGUCCGAGAGCCCGUCCUGGACCAAGGACCAGCUGCGAGUGCUGGUUUCCCAACUCUCCACGGGCCUCGUGGACCGCGAGCACAUGAUGCGCAAGGCGCUGCUGGCGAGCAUCGCCGGCGAGCACGUGCUGCUGCUGGGCCCGCCAGGCACGGCCAAGUCGCUCCUGGCGCGGCGGCUGCACAUGGCCUUUUGCAAGGAUGCAGGCGCUGAGCGAAAGGGCUACUUCGAGAAGCUGCUGACGAAGUUCUCGACGCCGGAGGAGCUGUUCGGGCCGAUGUCGAUCCAGAAGCUGCAGGCGGACGUGUACGAGCGCCAUAUCCAGGGCUACCUGCCGACGGCGGAGAUCGCGUUCGUGGACGAGAUAUUCAAGGCCAACAGCGCGGUCCUCAACUCCCUCCUCACCAUCAUCAACGAGCGCCUCUUCCACAACGGCACCAACGUCAUCACCGUUCCGCUUAUUUCCAUGAUCGGGGCGUCGAACGAGGUGCCGGGGCAGUCGCAGGCGGAGCUGCAGGCGCUGUACGAUCGGUUCCUGGUGCGGAUGUGCGUGGGGUACCUCAAGAGCCACGAUGACAGAGGAAGGAAGCCUUUCGCGGAGAUGGUGAUGAGGAGCUCGAGCGAUGUUUUGCAGGACACUGCGCAGGCGGCUCUGUCUGCGGCGGACCUGCGCGAUAUCCGGGACCGUGCAGAGAAGGUCAUCGUCUCUGUCCAUGUCAUGGCGCUGAUCGAGAAGCUGCGGGAUCGCUUUUCGGGGCAGGAGUGGCAGGUGUCGGACCGCCGCUGGAAGAAAGCCGUGCACCUUUUGCGCGUAGCUGCGGCGACCGACGGCAGGGCCGAGGUGCGGAGGUGGGACCUGCUGCACCUGACGUCGUGCGUGUGGCACCAGCCGGAGCAGGAGGAGGAGGCCAGGCAGUAUAUUGCGAGCGUGCUGGCUGAGGAGACGGGCUUCGAGCGGUCAGUCUUAACACACCUGACUCAGCGUAAAGAUGUGCUGGUUCGGGAGCUGGCGGAGGCGAGCACGGCCGACGGCGUCGAGAGAGUGCUAGAGCAGUUGAAUGCGCUCCACGACGAGCUGGACGUCAAGCUGCAAUGUCGGCACAAGUAUAUCGAAGCCACGCAGGUGUUCAUCACACAGGACCUGUGGCUGGACGCGCAGCACUGUCAGAUAUGCAUCAGCAUCCUCGCAGAGCAGCACGCGAAGCUGAAGGGCCUGAGCAGGUCGUUCCUGGCGUUGCGGGUGAGUGUCGAGUGCUUUCGGCCCUUUGCAACGUCUUGCGCGACCAUUGCAAGUGUGGAGUCGAGGACUUGCGUGUUGUCUUGA